AUGGUGAAGGUUACCGUGGGCAAAGCAGAAGAUCCUUGGUGCGAGAUCGACCUCACAGAGGAGGACGUCGAGGACUGGAAGAAAGGCGUCGACAUCGCAGAGGAGAAGCUCAAAGAGGUCAUUCAGCUGCCCCCAAUCACACUUGAGAACUGCCAUGAGCGAGAGGAUGGCGACCUGCAGUGGGAUGAGAUCACCUUCGAAGAAGAAGUGAACGGAAAGUACUGGCACGCCGUCAUCAUGUCUUUGCAUCGUAUUCGAGAAGACUUCGUAAAGAAGCAGCGUAAGAUGAAGCACCUGGACUGGUACAUGACAAUGAAGAAGACAAGUGACAGGAGGAAUGCCAAGUAUUAUGUUUAG